CGCCUAAGCGACUUUUAGACUGGACAUGACGACCAGAGACAGACACAGAGACACAGACAGAAAAAGGCCAGAGAUUCAAGGAGAAGACUUGGCUCCAACAUUUCCCACCAUGACUUUUGCAGCUGCUCUGAAGAUAUUGUUUUACUUUGGGUCAUAAAUCUGCUCAGAGAGAGAGAGAGAGAGAGAGAGAGAGAGAGAGAGAGCGAGCUGCUGCACCUUUAACCCUCAGAGAAAGUGAACGUGUGAACGCGGAGUGGAGAGCGUACGUGACUCUGCUCAGGGCUUUUAAAACAAGGAGCUCUUCACAGCAGGUGUGAUGGGUCGACAGUGUUUCUCGUGCUGCAGAGUCGUCCUGCUGCUUCUUCUGAUGUCGCGUGAAGUCCACAGUCUGUCCGUGCACAUCGUCAACGAGAGCCCGGUGCACGUCGUCCCAGGAUCCACUCUGCUGCUCAGGGCCCGGAUCCAGCAGGGGCCCCUGGAGGAGGUCUCCAUGGUAACGUGGGAACAGGAGCCAGAGAUAACUGAAGCGGCUCCCACAGGUGUCCUGGCCUCGUGUCCCGGGAAAAGUUUCACGUGUUCUGGUUCCAGACCAAACGUGCUAGCGAGCGUCGAGCAGCAGGAGGCGACGCUGCAGGUGAGCGGAUACAAGCGAGUGGCUGACGGUGGCGUUUACACCGUGACCGUGACGGAGCGAGCCGGAACCACGGCCACCGCCUACUGCGUCGUCAGAGAGUAUGAGGCCGUCCACCACGUCUCCGUCAGCAUCAACGUGUCUCACUCGUCGCUGGUGUGCGGCGAGGCCUGGGGGACAGACCCUCACUUCAGCUGGCUCCAUGAGAGAGCCCCCGUCAGCACCGCUGUGGGAAAAGUCUCCAAAGACGGGAUAACAUUGUUAGUGACCAUGAGCCCGAUUUGUGGUCACUUCACCUGUGUGGUCAGCAACAAACUGGGCUACAGCUCUGCCACCUACACUGCAGAUCCCUGUGAGACAGAAGGCAGCAGAGGGACGACAGCAGUCGUUGUGUGUCUCGUCCUCCUGCUGAUGAUUGGAGCAGUGCUGGCUUUUCUGCUGUGGCGGAGGCGGCGUCAGAACCAGCGAGCAGAAAGUCUGCGUGAACCUCUGGAUGGUUACAUCUGAGUCGCUUCAUUCCCGUCACUCAGGAGAACAGGAAAUGGACUGUAGGGACUUCCUGUACUGUCAGCAGAAUGAGCUCACACUGCAGAGGAAACGUGAAGAGUGAACUGCAUCCUGACAGAUUAAAGUGUCACCACACUGCCUCCUGCUGGUACUAAUCCGACACUGUAUACUUAUCAUGAAACUGAUGAUGAUAUCUAUAUAUAUUUUUUUGUUACAUUUGUAUCCACUGUGUUUUGGUUA